AGUUCAAAGGUGACGAUUAUUUUAUUAGCAGUUUACAUGUCGUACACCAAGUGAAAUGUCUGGCUUGGGAAGACGCCGGAUAGUUUUAUUGUCCUGUCACGCUCGGCUGCACUUCACUUUCAGGGGUGUUUCAAGACCAAAAGUUUCGCAGGAAUCGUUCAUCAUGGCCUCACGAUCGGUCAGUAGUUUCUUUCAGAAGCCACUCAACUUCAUCGGUGGAGAACGAGUUGCACCGACGGACCACACACAAAGUUUCAAAGUCUUUGAACCAGCCACUGGCAAUUUGUUGUGCGAGUCUGCCAGCUCCAGCCAGGAAGAUGUCAACCGUGCUGUAGCUGCUGCCAAGGAGGCCUCGCAGCAAUGGUCAGAAACACCAGCAUUGGAGAGAGCAAGAGUACUGCAGGGUGCAGCCAGGCUAAUGAGGGAAAGAGUUGAAGAAUUUGCAACCAUGGAGACGGUGAAUGUAGGCAAAUCCAUCAGUGAGUCUCGCGGUGACAUUUUCUCGGCGACUGAUGCCCUGGAAUUCUUUGCGGGACUGGCACCAAGUCUAGCAGGUGAACAUUUCCAGUACCCAGGAGGGACCUUCGGCUACACAGUCCGUGAGCCCCUGGGUGUGUGUGCAGGCAUCGGUGCCUGGAACUUCCCUAUACAGAUGGUAGGCUGGAAGUCAGCCCCUGCCUUAGCUGCGGGUAACACCAUGGUGUUCAAGCCCUCGCCGUUCACCCCUGCGACAGCCGUCAUGUUUGCUGAAGCAUUAAUAGAGAGUGGUCUUCCCAGAGGUGCCUUCAAUGUUGUCCAGGGCCAGGCAGUGACUGGCAAUGCCCUGACCACCCACCCUGAUGUAGCCAAGGUGUCCUUUACUGGAAGCGUUGCAACAGGGAAACAUAUCAUGAGGAACUGUGCCGACGACCUGAAGCAUGUGACCUUGGAGUUGGGGGGCAAGUCCCCGCUCAUCAUCUUUGCCGAUGCUGACCUUGACAAUGCAGUCAAGGGAGCCAUGCUGGCCAACUUCCUCACGCAAGGAGAGGUCUGUUCCAACGCCACCAAGGUCUACGUGGAGCGGAGCAUCAAGGACCAGUUUGUGGAGAGACUCCUUGGCAGGGUGAAUGCCCUGAGGCUGGGGGACCCUCUGAGGGAAGACACGCAGGUAGGAGCACUCAUCAGCAAGGAGCAUAUGGAGAAGGUUCUGGGGUACAUCGAAGGAGCCAAGAAACAGGGAGCCACUGUCCUGUGCGGAGGUGAGCGAGUCAUCCCAGAGGACCCGAAACUCGCCAACGGAUAUUUUGUCUCACCCUGCGUGAUGGACAACCUGACAGACAACAUGACGAUCAUCAAGGAAGAAACGUUCGGCCCCGUGCUGACUCUCUUGACUUUUGACACGGAGGCAGAGGUCACACAACGGGCCAACGACACACCGCUGGGGCUGUCUGGCGGGGUAUUCACAAAGGACAUUCAGCGCGCCCACCGCUUCAUCAAGAACCUCCAGGCCGGAUCCUGCUGGAUCAACACGUACAACAUGUACCCGGUGGGCUGGCCGUUUGGUGGUUACAAGCAGUCGGGGCUAGGCAGAGAGAAUGCCGCCGUCACGCUGAACAGCUACACGCAGCUCAAGAGCGUCUAUGUGGAAAUGGGCGAUGUGGAAUCGCCGGUGUGAAAAUUCACACAAUCUUGAAAUCAAAAAUUGAGAUCUGCUCCCACGAAAACCCAGACAAAGGUGCUGAUGUUGUUCUUGCACAAAGUGCAUGUGAAGUCAUUUUGGGGUGGAACUGACUGUUUUGAGGUUUUAAGAUUUUGAGAAUUUCUGAAUCAGUAACUAUAAAUUUACAGCUUCUCAAAUAUGAAUGUAUUCCAUCAAGCAGAAGUGUGUUUUUGAUCGAUUGAGUGAAAAAAUGUGUAUAGAAAUUUAUAGAAAAAGCGUUUCAAUAUGCAUGCUUAUCUCAUAAUUUUGUUGUCAGAGUUUUAUCACUUAAUCGUUUCUCCCCAGGGGUGAUGGGUCUCAGUACCUAUUAAAAAUCAUACAUCAUUUUGAAGCUGAAAACCUCGGGAAUUUAAAAUGUCCAAACCUAAAAUAAUUUUAAGCUUUGUGUGGGUUUUGUUGGAGCAGGUCACAUUUGAAUAGACCAAUCCAUAAAACCCAGCCCCGCCCCUCGCGCAGUGUUCUGAUCAAUCACAACCGUAUUUAGUGUCCGACAUGUGUGCGCAAAAGCCAAUAUAUGUUCACAUGCGUAGGACACUCACGGCUGGAACAUGUAGGCUGCAACAUUGAAUCACAAUGAACAGUCACACAAAACGUCAGCCUAUUGUGAUACCACUGACCAUGUGGGAAAAAAUGCUGCACAUUAUAUUGUGUGGGAAAAACGUGAAGGAGUAAUGUCGAUGGCUGUUGGUUUGGUGGUAAUUUUCAUCUUAGGGUUACAUUAUUAUAAAAUUAUUUACUUGAUAUGGUAAGUGCUAAAAGUAAAACUGGCCUCCUGGGGUGUUCUGUUUAAUGCUCUAUUUUCGAGGAAAAUACAACGCAAUUGAUUUACUUUCAUAAUAAUUAUUAUUAUUAUUACGGGAAAUGGUACCUUUGGUUGACAUCCCAUAGAAUUUGGGAGACAUUCUCAUAGACUUGUGCACUAAAAACUCUGAACUUUAGACACUUACAUGCGUAAACUUAAUCUACCCUCACCAAACUUUGUAAACUUGGGUGUUGCAUCAUGUGGAGUCGAUUUGGGCUUUUUGCAACCAUAAAAUUAUUCCUAGAAAUAGGACUUUAAACAUUUAGCAGACAUUCAAACCUUGUGUCCCUAAGUGCAACUGUUUAGCAACACGCGUCUCCCUAAAUGGACAAUCUGCGAGAAUUAAGGUUCCUUUUAAGAAACCUGUGUACUCCUAAGGACCAGAGAAAAAGUGGUUAUACAUAUCCCCUUGAUUCGUGAUCGGCAGCUGUUUAAAGAAAACAACUGUGUUGUAAACAAGUUUAAAUGAUAAUUGAUCAAGUAUAAAAUACAUUCCAAGUCAAUUAAGAAUGUUAUCGAUCUUGUAAAUAAAUAAUUAUUAUAAAUUUUAAUGGUUUUUAAAACCAUGUAUUCAUUAUCAUCUCAAAGAUUAAUUUAAGAAAUUUUCAGUGGGCAUGAGUAAGAGAAGUGUUCAGUAUUAUUCUUGUGGUUUUAGGUUUUUUUAAUGAAUAAACUCAAGUGAAUAAUGGAAUAUUUUGAAGGAGCACAAGAGCACAAAUUUAUGAAAGACACCCAAGAAAAUGGGAUCGGUGUCAUGUGAAAUUUGGAUUCGUAUGAAAUCUGGUCUCUUUUACAUUAUAUGGACCCUAACCCUCACAAGUGCCCUUAUAGGCAUGUGCAAUACAACCAAUGAGUGUGUAUGUUAUAGAGUCCAAAUUUCACACUACAACGGAAAAUCUUGUGAAUGCCGCAUUAUUAUGUCAUCUAAGUUAAUUAGACUGUGUAGCUACAUAAAGUUACACCAGUACGGCUAAUGCUUCCUCUGAUUAGAAGAGAUGAACUUAAAUCGGGAAAAAGUGAGGCUAAAUUAAACUUUUCUAUUUAAUAAAUUGACUCUGUGAACUAACUAUGUGUACUUCAGUGGUGGAUCCAAUCCGGGGGGGGGGUAGAGGUGGUUUCAAUUCCCCCCCCCCACCCCGUUGUAACCCUUCCCCCUCCCGGGAAAUGCUCCCUGACACCCCCACCAGCAGGCCUAGGCAUGCCUUAGAUUCAAACCACCCCCACCCUUUAUAUCACCCCCACCCCGGUUUUCUGAAAACUAGAUCCGUCCCUGUAUCUAUUUAGCUUGGAUAUGCUUUAGCUCCAUAUAGAAAUUUUGGCAAGGGUGUAAAAUGUUGCAAAUAAAGCUUGGCAAGAUUGGCAA